AUGCCUCGGGAACAGACACGCUCGCCGGCCGAGCGUGGCGCCGACACGGAGGAUACUGUGCAGUGCGAAACACCAGGCCUGCUGUCGAGGCUGGCGCAUGCAGGCAAAAUAUAUACCAUCAAGGGGUUUGUGGCUCCCAUGAUGUGGAUGCGCGAGUGGAAGGAAUACUUUCAACCGCCCGAGGGGGGGCCCAAUAUCGUGAAGACAUACGAGUCCCGGCCAACACUUCCAAUCCGCAUCUUUUUUCCCGCUUCCUACGACGUGACCUCUCACAACCCACUGCCAACCCUCUUUACCAUCCACGGAGGCGGUUUCUGCCUCGGACACGUCAGUGACGACGACGCGUGGAACCGCGCCUUUGCUGAUGAAAACGACUUACUCGUCGUCGCCCUCAACUACUCUAAAGCGCCCGGCUAUCCUUUCCCCACCGCAGUGCACGACGUUGAAGCGCUGCUUCUUGCCGUGCUGGCCGACGAGUCCAUCCCCAUCGACCGCCGCCCCCGCACGGCUUCUUCCGGCCUCAGUCGCACCGCGUUGCUUGGCUUCUCGGCCGGCGGCAACCUGUCGCUCAGCGUGAGCCAGCUGCCCAGCGUUCGCUCCCAUCCGCUCGCCCCUGCGGCCGCACUCAGCGUCUAUGGCGUGCUAGACCUGAGCGUGCCGCCGAACGAGAAGCUUGCCAACCGCCCCUGGAAGCCCUCGCUUCCCUCCCCUCGCGGUGACUCUACCGACGGACUCGUUGGUCUUGCCCCCACAUUCGAUUGGACGUACAUUCCAUAUGCCCACGACCUGCGCGACCCGCUGCUCAGCCCUCUUUUUGCCCAGCGCGCGGACCUGCCGCCGUUUGUCGGCAUCGUGGCUGCCGAGCUGGACAUGUUGGCAUUCGAGAGCUGGCAGCUAGCGUGUCGGCUUGCGCGGGAGGGCGCCCAGUCCCACGGUGGCGGCGGAAACGCGGCGCGGCAGAUGCCCGACCGCAAGAGCAAAGACGCAAAGUUGCGCGUCUGCGGGCGCGAAACAGAACCCUCGGCCCGGACUGGCGAGCUGGAGGGCAUUGCGCCGGCGGAGCCCGACGAGCGGUUCGCGUUUGAGGAGAACUGGGAUGGAGGCGGCGUCAAGUGGAUGCUCGUCCCGGACGUGCUCCACGGCUUCGACAGCGAGGGUUUCAGGGCGCUGAUGGGCGGCAAGGAGGCUAUCGCGGACGCCGUGGUAAAGACAAAAGCAUAUACCCCCGAAGUUGGAAGAUGGUUGAAGGAUAGGGUGUGGCGUCUGUAA